UGGCAAUGGCGAACUCUAUCAGUCUCUUUGAGCUCUAAAUUCAAAAUCACCAAAUCUCUGACAAUGGCGAACUCUAUCAGAUUCUUUGAGCUCAACACCGGUGCUAAGAUCCCGUCUGUGGGUCUUGGCACAUGGCAGGCCUCUCCUGGCAUCGUUGGCGAUGCCGUCGCCGCUGCUGUCAAGAUCGGCUAUCGUCAUAUUGAUUGUGCUCAGUUGUAUGGUAACGAAAAAGAGAUUGGGACAGCUUUGAAAAAAUUGUGUGAAAAAGGUGUAGUGAAACGCGAGGAGUUGUUCAUCACCUCCAAACUCUGGUGUACUGAUCAUGACCCUCAAGAUGUGCCAGAGGCACUGAACAGAACUAUACAGAAUCUGCAGCUUGACUACGUUGAUCUGUAUUUGAUUCACUGGCCUGUACGGAUGAAGAAAGGUUCUGUUGGAGUGGCGCCAGAGAACUUAUUACCUGUAGAUAUUCCUAGCACAUGGAAAGCAAUGGAAUCACUCACUGAUUCAGGCAAGGCACGAGCCAUAGGAGUAAGCAACUUCUCCACCAAGAAACUAGAAAACCUCUUGGAGCUAGCUCGUGUUCCUCCUGCUGUUAAUCAGGUCGAAUGUCACCCUUCUUGGCGACAAGCUAAGCUUCGAGAGUUUUGCAAAUCCAAAGGGGUUCACCUCAGUGUAACCAUCACUCAUUUCACCACUAGAUAUACUUUCUCUAUUUGUGUCUUACCUUAUAUAUUGAUUGGAUACUAUUGCAAGGCAUACUUUCCAUUGGGUUCUCCAGGAUGGCUCAAGAGCAAUGUUCUGAAGCACCCAAUACUGAAUAUGGUUGCGGAAAAGCUUGAGAAGUCUCCUGCUCAAGUUGCACUCCGUUGGGGACUCCAAAUGGGUCACAGUGUACUUCCCAAAAGUACUAAUGAAGGGAGGAUCAGUGAGAACUUAGAUGUUUUCGACUGGUAUAUACCCGAUAACUUGUUUACCAAGUUUUCUGAUAUUGAACAGGCUAGGUUAUUGGAUGUUUCCUUCUUUGUUCACGAGACACUGAGCCCUUAUAAGUCUCUUGAAGAGUUAUGGGAUGGCGAGAUAUGAUUUUAAGCUGUUCUGUAAUUGGUUUGUUCAUGAGUGUUACCGAAAAGAUUUAUUAUCAUAUUUGUUGUUAUCUUGAAUAUAAUAAAAAUAUUACAUUUAUACCUUUGUUAUGUAUUUUAGUCAUCUCAAAUUGAAAUGUGAUGUUUAGCCGUAUGGUUUGUUCGUGAACAUACCAGUCAAAAGCUACGUUCACAUUGUAUUACAGCUAAGUUGUCUAAACG